CACACGGCCGACGGCAUGCGCCGAGCCACUUGUUGCUACUAAGUUGUAGACGACUAUUUCAAACACCGAAUAUUACAGUUUUACAAACUUUGAGUCUUUUAAAGUUUUCUUAAGGCCUCAACUUUAAUUGGGAACAAAAAACUGAAAACAAUCUUUAAAUCUAACUACUGAAAUUUGUUGCACCUGAUACGGUAAACCAUAAAUCAGAGCGUGGUAUUGAAAACAAAUAGGGUAAUUACAAGUGUUAGAUAGUCGCUCACGGCGAUUGGCAGCAGUCGGUUUCACGUUGUGAGUACGACACGGCGGAUGUGCGGCGGUGCAGUUGGCACUAGCGGGCGUGGGUGGGUGAGCGCGCGCGUGCCGGCCGCCCGCUCGCCCCCGACCAGUGCCGCGUCAGCCAGCGCCGAGCGCACGCCGGCAUGUAGCUCGAGCAUGCGGCUGCCUCUGCUGCCACUCCUCGCACUGAUGCUCGCGCGCCCGGCGGCAGCCGGGAUCUGCUGGACCGGUAUGGACCGAGGCGGUCGUUGCAGCUCUGUGGCUGCGUUGCGUGUGGGUCGCGCGGAGUGCUGCGCGAGCGGCGCGCGGGCUCCCGCCGCCUGGAGCCCUAGAGACCUCGACAACGGCGAAAUAUUCUUCUACAAAGCACUGUCUGGUGGCGUGCCGUGCUCAGCUUGCGCUGAAUCCUGUGCAGGCGUCUCGUGUGGCACGGGGCGAAGAUGUGUGGUACGCGACGGACGAGCAAGGUGCGUUUGCGCAGCGGCCUGCAGAAGAGUGGGGGCAGUAUGUGGAACUGACGGACGAACCUACUCAUCAUUAUGCAAGCUACGCCGGCGCGCAUGCAAGCGGCGAACUAAGCAUUUAGCGCUUGAUUACCCGGGGCCUUGUCAAGAAGGUAGUUGUGAUCUCGUUCGAUGUGGGGGCGAUAAGAGAUGCGUGUUAGAUGCAGAGUUGGGCGCUCAUUGCGUGAGAUGUGGAUCUUGCAAUGUAGCCGGAUCCCCAGUGUGUGCUGUCGACGGCAGAACGUAUGCUGGCUUCUGCGCUUUACGAAAAGCUGCGUGCGAACGUGGUAGAGCAUUGCCAUUAGCAUACAGAGGACCUUGCAUAGCGAACGCGACAUGCGCUGUUAUAAAAUGUGGGUCAAGUCAACGAUGUAUAUCUGGUGGUUCGAGCGGUGCGCGGUGCGUAUCAUGCGGCUCGUGUAAAGGGGGCCGAGCGCGACGACAGCUAUGCGGCACCGAUGCGCACACUUACCGCUCCUGGUGCCAACUGCAACGAUUCGCAUGCGACGUGGGCAUAGUCGUCGAUCCGAUGCACCCGGGCGCAUGUAAAGGCAGUAAAAAUGCAACAGACAACAGUGUGACCAGACAUCGUGGGAAAAAAGAGAGCGGGUUGGAUACUACUCGCGUCCUUUAAGGACUGAAUUUAGGGUUUGACCUUUAGGCAUAGAUUUCUAUCGAUAGGAAUAGGACCGAUUUCUAUAACGCAAUAAGCAAUUCCUUUGGCAUCAAAAAGGCUCCAGCUUUAGUCAGGAGUCAAUAUUAGACAAUAUAGGUUGAUGACGUAACCAGUGGCGGAUUAUACUAUAGACAUACUAGGCACGUGCCUAUAAACUCAAAGUUAAAGAAAUUAACUAUAUUUAUGAGAUAUAGCGCCAAUUUCCUGGUAAAAUCACGCUAGGUACCAGAUAUCUGCACUAACUAAUACGUAAUGGGUUUACGUACGUUUUUUACGUACCUCUAGCCUUUGCAUCGCGAACGUGGGUAUAUUCCCACAGCUGUAUUUUAUUAUGAAUUUUUGUUCAACAAUGAGUGAAUUAAAAAAAAACAAUUUAUAUAAUUACAUACAAAAGGAAAAGAAAACAUGAAAAGAAUGUUUUUUUCAUGAUCUGCCCACAAUUAAGGAAAGAUUGAAUGAAAUGAGACGCUUGCAUAGGGUGCCGUUAUCCUUAAUCCGCCACUGGCUAACAUAUUUUUUGCAUCACGACUGUCAUGAGUAUAAAUAACGUGUGAGCUCAGAGUUUCAACAUCUAGAAAACCUUUUAUUAUGCUUUUUUUAUAGGGAAAUAAUCCUAUUGUUGUUGUAAUAUGUAAUUUAAAUACGCAAAGAUAUAAAGGAAUUUCCAUUAGUAUUUCGACACAUGUUUUAUCAAUCAAUGAAAAAAAUCGUUAAAGUUAACAACAAUAUUUUUAUAUGCCUUUAUUGAUUUUCAUUAUAAUUCAAUUACAUAUACGAAUUUUCAAAACCUGUUGAAACUCGAAACAUUAAAAUGUCCAUUUGUUGAUACUUAAACCAAAUGGUUGCUCCAAGAUUGCAUGUUAAAUUCAAUCAAAAUAGUUCUUAAAGUAAUAGAUGACUUCCAAUUUCGAUGCACAAUUUUUCGAAUUUUUGUAGAUAAAUAAUAAUUCUAAUAAAUAAUAUAGUUCGUUUUUUAAUAAUAACACUUAUAUAUUAUUACAUUUGAGCACCAAAUCGUACUUAAUAUUUUAGUCAAAAUAUUAAACUUAGGAACUGUAGUUAGCACAAUGUUUGGAAUCUUAUUACGUCGUUUAUUCUAAAUAAAAAUUCUAACUUUUUGUCUUGUUGAAUGAAUAUUGUAAGCUUAUUUAGGUAUGGAAUUGAAUAACGCUUUCAUCGGACUGACAUAAUUGUUCUUUUAUGUAAAAUAUAUUUUACGGCCAUUGUUUAUAUUUGGCCUUUUUAUAACUUCUCGUUAUAAAUCCUCUUAACUUUUAACUUUCUAGUGUGUAAGACUUAAUUUUAUAUUAUUUGUGUUUAACGCUUAAUUCAAUAUUUAUUAUGUUAAGUUAUAAAUAUGAUGUUAGUGCAAUAAUUUUAUUGAAAACUGUAUGAAAUUUAUGUUACGUGUUUUGUUUUGUUGUUUCUAAGAAUUGAAUAUUAUUUUGAGGAACGGAAAAUACUUAUUCGGCAAAUCUAGAGUUAUAGAUACUUUUUCAGUAUUACAUGUAUGUCGUUAGAUAUAUUAGAAUAAAAUUUUCGAAAGUUAAAAUUUUAAAAUUCGAACAGUUUUAUUAGACUGUAGUGUAAUUAAACUUUAUUGUGUAAAGUAAGUUAUUGUUACUUUAAAAAUUAUUUAAAAUAUUACAAUAAAAUUUUAUUGAAGCGAUAAAAUAAACCGAUAUCGUUAUAUUGUUGUCAUUUCUGAAGACUUUUUAAGGUAUCCUGUGUGGAAGCUUUAAAUAGUUUAAAAGCUUAAGUUUUGGUAGCCUUAGAAUGGUUCUCAUUAUAAUAAUUAUAUAACUUAUAAUUAUGAGUAAUAUAUUCUAUUUCGUGACUUUUUUAUUGAAAUUAAUGAAAUUAACAAUAUUACACAUCGAAUGUAACAACAAUAUUACUUUUAUUAUUUCAACGAUUUAGAGAUGUGGCCACAAAAAUUGUUUAUAAAAUCAAUAAUAAAAAAUAAAAAAUAAUGUAAUGACUUUUAAAGGUAACUAGUUUCGAUUUAUGUAACUUUCCAUGUAGACAUUAUUAUAUUUUAUCAAUUUUCCAUUUAAAUACUAUCCUGGAAAAUAUUCUCAAUGAAAUAUGCUUAAAAAAUCCACCAGCAUUUUGAUGAAAUAUAAUAAUUAAAACAAAUUUUCAUCCAAUCGAAAGUUUUAAUAUUUAUAAAAACAUUUCUUUCGGCUGUUUGGGUGGAUUGCAUGAACGUUGUUGAAAAUACGCUCCUUAUAGCGAAUAGUAACAAGCGCUUGAAAAAUUCGUCAGUCCUGUAAAGUCUUGGGUAGCUCAGUAGAGCAGUCGCCCGGAUUGCAAAAGGUCGUGGAUUCGAGUCCCAACUGGAGCUGGUGGAUUUUUUAAGCAUUUUUCAUUAAGAGUAUUCCCCAUGUAUAAUAUUUUAAUAAAUCGGCGGCCCUUAUAUUUACACCUUCUAUUUGAUAUAAAGAACAAUGGCGGUUCUAAAGGUCGUAGAAUGUUGAUUAUUUGUUAUUUGGAUUAUUAUUGCUUUUAACAAGUUCAAAGGAAUUUGUAAGAAUGUAAUUAUUCAUUUUUUAUAAUUAAUAUAUGCAUGACAGUUUUCCGACCAAAAUACAAGAAUCGUGUGUGAAACCGGAAAAAAAAUAUUAU